CAAUCGCAUAUUCUCUGGUGACUGUUCACUGUUCACUGUUAACUGGUGACGGUGCUCAAUGCAGCUACUGCCUCCACCACUGCCGCCACCAUGAUACUUCCGCAGGGUUCCCUCUUCUUCGCCGGCAUCGCAGCUUGCUCGACCGUGGCAGCUGCCGCCGGGGAUGCCUCGUCUCGACCUCGGGGAGUCGCCCCCGAAUUUGCCAAGUUCUACAAGGAUCCCGACACUUUCACGUGCAUCUCCCAUCCCGCCAUCCAGAUCCCCCUUUCCGCCGUGAACGACGAUUACUGUGACUGCCCCGACGGCAGUGAUGAACCGGGGACAUCGGCCUGUGCCCACCUCUCCCGGAACUCGGCGUUGACCCCGGCUGAGCGUCCGGGCAAUGAUGAUCUCGAGCUGGUAGCUGCGCUCCCGGGAUUCUACUGCAAGAACAAGGGCCACAAGCCAUCCUAUGUCCCCUUCCAGCGCGUCAAUGACGGCAUCUGCGACUACGAGCUUUGCUGCGAUGGCAGUGACGAGUGGGCCCGAGUCGGGGGCACGAAGUGUGCGGACAAGUGCAAGGAGAUUGGCAAGGAGUGGCGCAAGAAGGAGGAGCAGAAGCAAAAGUCCAUGACGGCGGCGUUGAAGAAGAAGAAGGAGUUGCUGGACGAGGCCAGCCGACAGCGGAAGGAGGUUGAAGACAACAUCCAGCGCCUCGAGGGAGAGAUCCAGGCCCAGGAGCUGAAGGUCAAGGAUCUCCAGGUCGAGCUGGAGGAGGUCGAGAAGCAGGAGCAGAGCAAGGUCGUGAAAGGCAAGACGGCGGGCAAGCUGGGAGUCCUCGCUGGGUUGGCCAAGAGCCGGGUCGAGGAGCUCCGGAGCGCGCUGGUGGACGUCCGCAAGGAGCGCGAUGAUACUCGCGCCCGGGUGAAGGAGCUGGAGGGGAUCCUGUCCACGUUCAAAGUGGAGUAUAACCCGAACUUCAACGACGAGGGUGUCAAGCGCGCCGUGCGCGGGUGGGAGGACUACGCGGUCCGGGGCACUCUGGAGGGCGCUGAGAACGGCGCUCAGGACCGUGAUCUGGACGAGAUCGCCAAGCCCGAUGACGAGAAAUCCGGCAUCAACUGGGAGCAGUGGGAAAACGAGGAUGAAGGGUGUGACUCCAGUAUCGUCUACCAGCUGGCAGCCUACUUCCCUCCUGCCUUUGUUGACUUCGUCGAAGACAAGGUGGUCCUCGCCAAGGGCUUCCUUGAGGACAAUGGGAUUCUGUCCAAGGCGGCCGAGUCUGCCACGACCGAGUCCAAGCUUGUCUCGGAGGCGCGUGAUUCGGUGAAAGCGGCGGAGAAGAGUCUCAAAGAUCUGCAGUCGCAGCUGAAGAACCACCGGUCCGAUCUUGACACGGACUAUGGUGUCGCCUCGAUCUUCCGCGCGCUGAAGGGCGUGUGCAUCACGAAGGAUGCAGGCGAGUACACGUACGAGCACUGCUUCAUGGACCAGACGAAGCAGAUCCCGAAGAAGGGCGGGUCCUCCUCGCGGAUGGGCAAGUUCGUCGGCAUUGGGUCCGUGAGCGUUGACGUGCUCAACGAGGCCGGCGACGUCGUCCCUGAGGACCGGGUCUCUCUCGAUUACGCCAACGGACAAAGCUGCUGGAACGGGCCGGCCCGGUCGACGACCGUGAUCCUGGAAUGUGGCGAAGAGAACACGAUCCUGAAGGUGGCGGAGGACGAGAAGUGCGUGUACUCCAUGCGUGUGACCUCGCCGGCCGUGUGUGCCAGCGGCGAGGAGGGCCCGGCGGCCCCGAAGGGCAAGGAUGAGCUGUGAAGAAUGACGGGGACAUUGGCAGGGGUCAUAUGAAAGCGUUCGUCUAUAGUUUGGAUUCUUUGAAUGGAUUGCAUCACGGCAGCUGGCUAGAAGGGCC